AUGGCCAAGCAAGCUGGCUGGUGCCCUUUCUGCGACAAGCGCUACGUCAAUAAGACAGCUCUUAGCAAACACCUGAAACAAUACAUUACCGAAUGGAGACUUCCUGUCGACGGAAAACACUACUUGUUGGAGGUCCAAAACGUUCUCCACCCGAACCAGCGCAGUUAUCAAUGCUGGACUUGCUCGAAGAUAUUAGAAUCUCGUGGGGACUUUCAGAAACAUGUCAUCCACUAUCAGCAUUGCGGUUUGAAUGAUACUAUGCGACGUAAACAACCAACUCGUGGGAAUCGGGAUAAGUGGAUGCUACCAUUUGACGAGAAAUUGGCCAUCAUUGAGGAGAAGAAGUUCAAUUUUCUCGGCCUUCCCACUGAAGUGCGUCUAUUGAUAUACCAGCACUUAUUUUGCUACGAAGAAAUACAGUUUGAGUACUCUAUUGGCCACGGAUACGUCGAUCCACGUCGAGAUGGGCUUUGGCUGCAACGCAAUCCACCCAAUAACCUCAUGGCGAUUAUGCCUGUAAGCCGCAAGGUCUAUAACGAGGCGCGAGAGGUCUUUUAUACUCGGAAUAAAUUCAUGUUCGAGUCCGUUGGAGGGCUUUCUGUGUUUCUUGUCGGUAUCGGUCCAAGAAAUGUGAAGCUGCUACGUUCUGUGUGGCAGAAAACAGAUCAUGGAUGGGAAAACGUCGUCGAAACAAUCCGACAAUGUUUGCCGCCGACAAUUUCCAACGCCAUGACUCCUAACCAAGAGAUCGCGUCACUUUAUGCUGAGCUGAAACAGAGCCUUGUCAGGAAACAUUUUCCCCUGCCACUUCCCGGUUAUGAUUUCGACAGCACUCGGUUAGUGCGGCCGGAAGUGGCGAGCGGACCAUCUAGCUUGGAUCGAUGGCGCUAUAAAUUACAUGCCUAUGCUUGGAAUGAAUCCCAAACUGGUCAAAGACUAUACUGGAAGGGAAGAGCUGCAUUUGAAUUAUGUAUACAGCGUGCACCGAAAGAACAAGAAGGACCGGAAAGUGAGGAAGGUGAGGAAGGUGAGGAAGGCGAGGGCUAG